GGAUAUUGAUGUGUCAUAAAGAAAUCCUCCUUAGGGUGGUUUUGACUAUAUAAGUGGCAGCUGAAAAACUGAUGGCUAACUUGAUCAAGAGAGAAAAAAUGGAAGCUCUGACUCUCCUUCUCUGUCUGCUUCUAACUGCUAAAACAUCUCAGGCAUCAUGUGGUGGCACUAUGACAGAUUGGAUGGGUGAAUUUUUCAGCCCUCAGUACCCUAGUAACUACCCUGAUAACUCACGGUGCACAUGGACCAUUCGUAGCACAGGGGCGACGACCGUGUUAUUGAGCUUCACUGAUGUUUUUUUGGAAGAAUGCUGUGAUUAUAUCAGAGUAUAUGAUGGUCCAACUACACUCUACCCCUUACUGGGAGAAAUACGGGACUACACAAACAAACAGUACAAUUCCAGCAACAAUGAUCUGACUGUGCUUUUCUACAGCGAUAGCAGUGUAUCAAGAAGAGGAUUUCAUGCAAACUGGUUCUUUGUAGAUUCCAAUUCAUGCAGGAAUAACUGCGGAUACUCCCUUGGCACUUGUUCAUGUGACGACUCCUGUCAGAACAACAGAAACUGUUGCUAUGACUACAAAAGCUACUGCUCACUGACAACAACUUGGCCAACUACAACAGAUUUCCCCUCCUGCAUUUAUAACUGUGGAAAUGACUUCGGCAGCUGCUCAUGCACCUAUGACUGUCAUUACUAUGGCAUCUGUUGCCCUGACUAUGACUACUACUGUUCAACAACAACAACAGCGACACCAACAACAGCAACAAUUUACUGGACAGAUACACAUGCAUUCCCUCCCUCCUGCAUGUAUAACUGUGGACAGGACUUCGGCAGCUGCUCAUGCAACUACGACUGUCACUACUAUGGCAGCUGUUGCCCUGACUACGACAGCUACUGCUCAAUAACAACAAUAGCGACAACUACUCACUGGCCAGAUACAACAGCUCCCUCCUGCAUGUAUAACUGUGGACAGGACUUCGGCAGCUGCUCAUGUGCCUUUGACUGUCAGUACUAUGGCAACUGUUGCCCUGACUAUGACAGCUACUGCCUAAAGACAACCACUUGGCCAACUACAACAGCUCCCUCCUGCAGGUAUUCCUGUGGAUAUGACCUUGGCUCGUGCUCAUGCUCCUCUGAGUGCGAGUACUUUGGCUACUGUUGCCCUGACUAUGAAAGCUUCUGUAUAGCAACAAUUCACCCACCAGAUGAUCCAACAGCACCCUCCUGCAUGUAUAACUGUGGAUACCACCUUGUUUCUUGUUCAUGCUCCAGAGCCUGUCAGUACUUUGGUGACUGUUGCCAUGACUAUGAAAGCGUCUGCUUGAGAACAACAACACCAACAACAACAACAACAUCAUCAACAUCAACUCACAUGGCAGAUACAGCAGGUCCCUCCUGCAUGUUUAACUGUGGAUACAAUUUCAGCAGCUGCUCAUGCAACUACGACUGUCAGUACUAUGGCAACUGUUGCUAUGACUAUCACUGGUAUUGUCCAUCAUACCCAACAACAGAUCCAGUUCCUCACCCUCAGUGUGGAGGGCACCUGUAUGGUUCUGGUCUGUUUUCCAGUCCAAACUAUCCAAACUAUUACCAUGACAAUGCCUACUGUGUGUGGUAUCUCUCUGCUCAGCAAGGACAGAUGAUCUUCCUGACAUUUGCUGAUGUGCAACUGGAGCGCUGCUGUAACUGUGAUUACAUCACAGUUUACGACGGCUCUUCCACUGGUCAUCCAAAGCUGGGAAAGGUCUGCUUCAAUGACACCACACACCAGGUGUUUCACUCUUCUUCACGAUACUUGACUGUUGUCUUCAGGAGUGACUACUCUGAUGUCAGCCAUGGUUUCAAGGCCCUUUUCACAAGUUCUCUGACUGCAGAUCAAGGUCGUGUGGAUUGUUCAUCAGACAACAUGGUCAUUGUCAUUCAAAGGUCUUACCUGAACUCACUCGGGUUGAGUGCAAAUGACCUUUAUGUGGACAACCAUCUUUGCAGACCCUCCAUUAGCAGUACUGAGGUUGUGUUCAGCUUCCCUCCUGAUGCAUGUGGGACCACCAAAGAGAUGAUGAAUGGUUAUGUGUCCUACACAAACAAUGUGCGGGCCUCUCAGUCUCAGUCAGGUGAAAUCACCCGUCAGUCACAGUUCCUGCUACGCGUGGGCUGCCGAAUGGAGCCAGACACCAUGGUGCAGAUAUUCUACAAGGCCAGGGAGAUCAUCAAUGCCAACAUCACAGGAACGGGCCGCUUCAAUGCCAGCAUUGCCUUCUACACCUCCAGCAGUUUCAAUCAACAAAUUUACGACUCUCCAUAUGAAGUGAACUUGAAUCAGCUUCUGUAUGUUCAGGUCAAGCUAAACAGACCUGACAACAGUCUGGAUCUCUUCCUGGACACUUGUGUAGCGUCUCCAAAUCCCAAUGACUUCAAAGAUCGCUCCUAUGACCUGCUACGUAACGGAUGUCCCAGAGACAACACAUAUUAUUCCUACACCAGCGGUCAUCACUACUACACUCAGUUCAGUUUUCGGGCUUUCAAGUUCCUCCGGACUCAUGCCUAUGUGUACCUGCAGUGUAAGGUGAUCAUCUGCCCUGAUAACGAUUACAACUCGCGCUGCCGCCAAGGUUGCCGCUUUCGUCGCAAGAGAUCCCUUGACAGCUCCUACCACACCAAUACUGUGACGCUGGGGCCAAUCAAACUCAAAGGUCAGAGGCCAGUAGCAGGACUAAGGCGUGGUGUGAAGGAUUCGGAGAAGUCAAAGGAAUGAACUGGAGUGGAAGGAAUGAAGUGAUCACCUUCUUGAUUAUCACUUUAAUCAUUACUAUUAAUCAAUCUUUAUUAGCCACCCAGCAAUUGAAUCUAAACACAAAUUGCAUUUUUUGCAGUUCAAUAAAGCAUUU